UUAUGCGAACAAGGAUACUCUCAACUGUGGAGUGAAGUUUGAGAUGAUCCAUCUCCGAAAGAGGUUAAAGAUGAAAUUUCUUCGGCUACUGUUGCUCCUAUGAAUUUCUUCAUUUCCCACAGACGUUUAAAACAGAUAGUGGAUUCGAAAAAGGCAAUUAGUUUCUGUGCAUAUCUCUUGAAGUCAAAAUCUACUAAUUAUUUACACUUAACCUACUGAGAUUAAAUGUCAAUCAAUCAAAUAAACAACUGAAAUUUAUAAUAACGAUGUUUACUUGCUGAACGAUAAAAAUGGAAGUUUUGGCGGAGUAUAAUAUGACCAAUGAAACAGACGAAGAUGGUGGUAAUAUAUUUAUACUUCCAUGGUGGCAACAGUUAGUUUGGAGCAUAGUUUUUGGAGUCAUGAUUUUUGUGGCAACAGGUGGAAAUGCGAUUGUGAUGUGGAUUGUGCUCGCACAUAAGCGAAUGCGAAGUGUGACAAACUAUUUCCUCGUGAACUUAAGCUUAGCUGAUAUGAUGGUUUCAACAUUGAAUGUUAUAUUUAACUUCGUUUACAUGCUGGAUGGUGACUGGCCAUUUGGCGAAGCUUACUGUAAGAUAUCUAACUUCAUAGCAAUCGUGUCAGUUGCUGCUUCAGUAUUUACACUAAUGGCGAUAUCUUUUGACAGGUACAUGGCCAUCAUGCAUCCUUUGAAGCCGAGAAUGUCUCGAAGCACAACCCUCAAUAUCUGUCUCUGGAUUUGGGUAUUCAGUGUUCUUCUCUCGCUCCCCAAUCUGCUCUAUUCCAUGACGAUCGUUGAGGAAUUCACGAACGGUGAAUUCAGAAUUAUUUGCUUUAUGUUUUGGCCAGACGGACCCUCUACCGAGAGUGACCAAGAAUAUGUGUACAACAUUGUGAUUUUCAUCGUAACCUAUGUUUUACCCAUAACAUCGAUGACAUUCACCUACUUUAGAGUGGGAAGAGAAUUGUGGGGAAGCCAAAGCAUUGGAGAAUGUACUCAAAAACAAGUUGAAAGCAUCAACUCAAAAAGAAAGAUCGUAAAAAUGAUGAUAGUUGUCGUUGUAAUCUUUGCUGUUUGCUGGCUACCAUAUCAUAUUUACUUCUUGGUUGCUCAUCAUGUACCCCAGAUUACCAGUGCAACAUAUGUUCAGCCAAUAUACUUAUCAAUUUAUUGGUUAGCGAUGUCCAAUGCAUGCUAUAACCCAUUCAUCUACUGCUGGAUGAAUAGCAGAUUUCGCCAAGGAUUUAAGAGUGUUUUCCGGUGUUGCAAAUGGAAGGAAGAAAAAAUUAAUCCUUUAGAGCAAAGGAAAUUUACAGCUGUUCGUCAAAACACAACUAAUGGUGUUAUAGCUUUGCAAACAGUCACAGAAUCCCUCAGUGGAAGUAACCCCCACCUCUAUAACAAAAGUGUUCGAGUGGAACGUCUUUCUAUUCUUUAAAAAAAUCUCACUUUGGCACAAGAAAACACUUGAGUUUUCCCCUGACGUUCCCUGAAUGGCUGAAGUCAUGCUUGCUUAAGAUAUGUUUCAGGAACAUUUGUUGUGUACAUUAAUAACUCAUUUUGCAAUUAAUACUACGUGUAACAUCGACUUUUAUUUUAUUUAUUUGUUUUAAUUUUAAGUCAGAAGUGAGGUCUUUCGAGUCUGUAUAAAAGAAUUUACGCUGUUUAUCUCAGAUUCCGUGAAACAAUAUACGUUUAUUUAAUUUUAUUUAUUUUUUUUGAUGAAAGCUUAAUUUUCGUUUGCAAAUAAUAGAAAUAAGCGAAAAAAAGCAUUUAAAUUGUUGAUAUAACUAGCUGUUGUUAUGAAAAGAGAAAAAAAAGUAAAAGUAAGCAUGUAUAUAUGUAUGUAAAAGAAAAUUAAGAAUGAAAGAAAAUAUUAAAUUUGCAAAGAAAAAUUAAGAAUUUAAGAUUUCUUCAUUUUUUUUAAGUUUUAUUAACAGUGCAGAGGCUGCAAAUCUAAAGAAUCCAUACUGUAAGAUAAAAUUGUAAAGAAAAAUAAGCAACAGACAAAAAGAAGGAAAAACAUUUUUUUAAAAGAAAAGAAG